AUGCCGCUGACACGCAGCGCAGGGCAGCGAGCCUUGGCUCAAAAUAGCAGUCGACGAAAUCCAGCUCGUCAGUCUCGGGCCAAUCCAUCUCGCACCUCUGCAAGAGCGCGCGAGACUUCCGCCGAUUCCUCAGAGCCAGAUUCAACUGGGCAUGGGAGUAAAGCAAGCCCGCAAGCACUACGGCACCUAGAUUCGAAGACUACCUCUAGGGCCAAAGCUAGUAACAGAGGCCGCCCUGUCGCCAACACAACUUCGCCGAGCAAACGGCGACAAGCAGCACUAGAGAGUCUCGGUCAAAUAUCCCCAACCGGCGGUCCAGACUGGACAGAUCCCCGGAUUCCCUACCAGUUUUGGGUAGAUGUCUUCUUGCAUACUCGCGAUGAAAGCGGCGCAGAUGCAGCAAAUACACACUGGCUACUCCAGGCUGCCACCUCAUGCAAAUUAUUAUCAGACCCGGCAUUAACAGCCAUCUACCGCCAUCCAGUAAUACGGCACGCCUCCAAAGCGAAACGACUGGUUGCAUUGCUAGAACGCCCCCCCACAGACACCCUCUUCAACUACCGCAGGAAAAUAGAGUCCCUUCACCUGAAUGUUCGAAUCGUGUCUCAAGCAGUAGCUUCUCAACUUAUCCGGCCCUUGACUCGCCUCAAGGAAUUGAUAUUUAUUAACCCUGCGGAACAGCCGCCCUACAGAGAGCUUGAUACACAUGUCAGAUGGAACUAUUCAGAGGACAUAUUCCUUGCUCUCCAAUCACCGGCUGAGGGUUCUGAAGCUCUUAGUGGCGCACUGCUUCCUAUUAGCUUGAAGAGCUGGGAGUGGAGUGGAAGCUUGCUUGGCGGCUAUGUUGCAGACUUCGAUGACAUUAUCCGAGUCCACCAAAUGCCAUCAUUUGCUCACCUUACGCGACUGAGCUUUACGAAUUUUCAAGUCCCUUCGCUCAAUCUUUCAGGGUCGGCGCUCAAUGACCCUCAAGCAAACCUACAAACCUCUGCUGAAGACGGCGAGGUUAUUGACGCUAUCGGAAAUGCCAUUGCACAACUUAAUUUCCUCAAACAUCUAGUCUUUGAAUCAUCUACCAUCAUGACAAGCCGCCUCCUCUCUCUACUACCAAAACAUCUUAUUCACUUAGAACUCAUCAAUUGCUGGGAAAUUGAUGCUGAGAAUCUAGCGACGUUCCUCCUCACUCAUGGCAGCAGCCUCCGCACUCUUACCCUGAUGCACAACCAGUCCUUGAAUCUUACUUUCUUGACAAUUUUGGCUGAAGCGUGUCCCAGCCUGCAAGAGCUGCGCAUGAGCAUGUCUUAUUAUAGACACCAUGAUUCCCUCAAUGAUGCGGACCCCAUGUAUGAUUUCGCCCUUCUCCCCGAUCAGAUUCCAACAUGGCCCUCUAGUAUCCGUGUCAUCGAUAUCGAACACAUUCGCAACUGGUCCAUAGAAAGCGUGCAUACGUUCAUUCACUCACUUGUUGAUAAUGCCGCGAGCUUGCCAAAUUUGCGUGAGCUAGUGAUCAAGACCGCACUUGAUAUCCCAUGGCAAACUCGCGCUGAGCUACGACACAAGCUAAGACAUAUGGUUGAACGGGUAUUUCUCCGAGCAGAUGAGGAUCCACACGAUACGGUGACUUCUGAGCAGAUGAGUAGCACCCACGGUACUGCUAUACCACGCAAGAGGAAGCGAUCUAGAUCGCCGAGGUCUCCUGUACGAAGAAGUAAUAGAAUCGAGGCCCAUGUCCGUGGCUUGCCCCGACGUCCCAGAAGAGACAACACAUCGCAACGCCAAGGGCUUGGAAGGCCACUCUACCGAGAACCAGAUACUGAUGAAGACGAGUUUGACAACACAGAGCUAUCCGGUGCCGAAACGCAGCAAAGCUCAUCUUCCGAUCCACAGCCAGAAUUGGCAGUCCAGGGACUUUGCCAUACUGUCAACAUCAUAAUCGAUAAUCAGAAAACGAGGGAGUUCCCUUACAGCAUGGAGGACUUCCUUACUGAUAACGAAGGGUCUUCGGGCGUAGAAUGGGACGGGGAUGAUGACGACGAUCACGACUUUUCUAUUGCAUUUUGA